AUGGCGAAACAGCGCUGGUGGGAUCGUGAAUUGUUAGAGCUCGUGUCUACAGAGUUCCGAGAUCGGUCAAUCGAGUACUAUCGCUUUGCGAUUGAAAGUGGCAUUGUCUCGAUCAAUGGAAAGACGGCCCAUGUCGGACAGAUUAUGCGAAAUGGAGAUAGAUUGGAGAAUAUUAUUCACCGGCACGAGUUGAUUACUUCUCAGCCAGUCAAAGUACUUCACGUUGACAAGGAAAAGGACCUUAUCGUAAUAGAUAAACCUGGGAGUAUUCCUGUGCAUUGUGUCGGGAGGUAUUUCAAGAACAGUCUGAUCGAGAUCCUUCAAACGGAAUUCGGAUUCAAAAAGGUCUAUCCCGUCAAUCGGUUGGAUAGACUUACUUCAGGAUGCAUGGUUAUGGCCCUAUCGCCAACCCGAGCACGUCAAAUGUGUGACGAGUUCAUGUCUGGAAACAUUAAAAAAGAGUAUGUCGCGCGUUGUAGAGGGGAGUUUCCAGCAACCGAAGUGGUUUGCGAAGAGCCGCUCCUUACCAUUGACCGUCAAAUGGGGUUGAACAUUGUUCAUCCCGAGGGCAAGCCGGCGAAAACAGCUUUCAACCGGAUAUUCUAUGACCCAAGAACGGAUACGAGUGUCCUUCACUGCAGGCCAUUUACCGGACGAUGCCCUAAACUUGGUCAAGGAGGCAUCGACACGACACCUUCGUCCGAACGCGCACCCCCUGUACCACCACCAUCCCUUACACCUAGCAUUCCCAGCUCGUUAGCCACGGCUCCUUCAGCUCUGUCCCCCAAUGACUAUCGAGGCCGUUCCAAUAUCAUGCCGCUGAAUACGUUCCACCAAGAAGCCGUCCAAGUGCUCAAUGGUGAAUCCUCAAAGGUCCUCCUUCCACGAGAAACAGGAGAGGAUAUUGGCUUUGCUUCUCCGGUCCCCCUCUCUGCCGAGGCCGUAAAAGUCAUUACCGCGCUACGUAAUAUGAAAGACGGGGAUGAAGACUGGAGCCGGUGGAGGGACAAUGUUUUCCUUGGAAAGAAGCCACUCGUUCCUUCAGUAGCUGUUGGCUCCUCGUCAAACAAGCCUGCAUCAACUGUGACCAAUGGCGAGGCGUGUGGACACGAAGGAACGCAAGUACUUGACAACAAAGAUGCUCAGACAGAAGACGAUCCCGUAGAGCCAGUUGGGGAGACGCCAGAUGGAAAGCUCUACUGUACAGAGUGUUACCUUCCGCUACAUCCGGAUCCACCACCGGGUAAGCUUUACAUCUUCCUGCAUGCUCUCAGAUAUACCACGAGCCAUGGGGCCUUUGAGACGGAAAUGCCGUGGUGGGCAGAUCCGAACUGGGAAGGGGAUGGGUGGGUUCAGUACUAG